UUAAAUCUGCUGUAUAGUGCAACCAAUUAUAGUUUUGCGGAAGAGAAACAGUUUGUAUCCUUGCGGAGGCAUAAUGAAGUCGUGUGGGAUUUGCUGAGUGCGUUUCUUGUCAAGUUUUAUGUUCAUAAAAUCUUUGUCGCAGGCAUAUACUAACAGACAAUAUGUUAAAGCAACGCUAUUGUCUGAUUGUGCUGAUUAUCUGCUUGCCAACCUCAAACAGUAAGGAGAUCCGAUUGUUGGGGCUUUUACCCAUGACUGGUGAUAGCUGGAAUGGAGGCGUAUCCUGUUUGCCGGCCGCCAAAAUGGCAAUUGAGGACGUAAACAAUAAAGUUAACGUUCUAGCAGACUAUAAUGUGACCUACAAAUGGAUUGAUACCAAGUGCAAUGAAGGUAUUGCCGUUUACAAAAUGGUCAAGUCUUUAGACGAGGAUCCAACAUACCACAUGGUACUCGGUGCGGGGUGUUCGGUGGAAUCUGAAGGUACUUCUCAAGUAUCUUACCUUUGGAAUCUAACUCAGUUGUCCUACAGCUCGUCGUCGCCGAUUCUCUCGGACCGGAAACGAUUUCCAAAGUUUUUUCGUCUAACGCUCCCGGACCAGAAACACAACCCGGCAAGGAUAGAUCUGAUGAAUGAAUUUAACUGGAAGAAAGUGGCAACAAUAAACCAAGCACUAGAAUUCUUCUCCUCAGUGAUGGAUGACUUUGUAAAAAGCGUCCAAGGAACAAAUAUCACGAUCAUAUCUCAGGAAAUUUUCAUGCAUAAUCCAAUGACUAGGGUGGAAAAUUUGAAGACUCACGAUGCUAGAAUAAUUAUGACUGCUAUGUAUGAAGACAAAGCCAGGGAGCUCCUCUGUGCGGCGUACAAAGUUGGACUGUUUGGUCCAAAAAUCGUGUGGGUAUUUGUUGGCUGGUAUUCUUCAACUUUCUGGAAAGUCCGUCUUGAUAAUUUAGAAUGUACGGAAGAAGAAAUGUCCAUGGCUGCUGAAGGAGCAUUUAUCACAGGGCCAGUUUAUUCGAACCCAGUUGAAGAAAGAGGAAUAGCAAAUUUAACAGCCAGGGAAUUUGCAGAGCGUUAUUAUAACCACCCAGCAUACACUACGGAAGCGAAAAAAUACGACUUCUAUGCAUAUCAGUGUUACGAUCAUAUAUGGGUAGCUGCCAUGGCUCUUGAUUGCGCAAAUCACAGACUAAAAGAAAUGGGCCACCCAAAAACUCUUGAUAUGUUUGAGUAUAUUGAUUCGGAUAUCAACGAGAUCAUAUUCCAGUGUGUUGGAAACACAACAUUAACCGGUGUUUCUGGCAGGGUAUCGUUCACGUCUGGAGCCGAUCCAGACCGCAUUGUCAAAAUUGAAAGAAUUCAAGGGAAUGCAAGACAAACAGUGGGCCUCUAUAGACAAGACAAAAAUCCGAAAUACUUUGAAUGGAUAGAGGACGCCAUUAAGUGGAAAGAUAAUGUUUUGCCAAGAGAUUCUACGUAUAUAACCUAUGAGGAAAAGGAAAUACCAACGGCCCUUUACCUUACAAUGACGUCAUUGGCUAGCCUUGGAAUUUGCCUCGCUAUAUCUUUGUUCAUUUUUAACGUUGUACAUCGCCACAAUAGUUAUGUGAAGAUGUCUUCUCCAAAUAUAAACAACGUCCUUUUACUUGGAUGCGUCGUUUGUUAUUGCACAGUCUUCUUCAAAAACGCUGCAACAGAAAAUGACGUCUUCUGUAAGAUCCGUUUAGUGUGCUUUAGCCUUGGAUUUACUGUAACAUACGGGUCGUUGUUUUCUAAAACAUGGAGAGUAUACAGGAUAUUCAAGAACAAGCAACUUCGUAAACGUAUAAUCAAAGACUACCAGCUAUUGGCGAUAAUUGGAGGUUUCGUCGGACUUGUGUCAGUGGUUUUGAUUGUAUGGGAAAUCGUCGGACCUUACAUGAUAAUUACUAAAUAUUUGAAAAAUGAGGUAUACAUGAUUGGAAAUGAUGCCGAAGUGAGACCAUUUGUACGUGUUUGUUUAUCGGAGUAUUCAGAUUACUUUCAAUGGCCGUUAUAUGUUAUAGAAGGUGGUCUGCUUAUAUUUGGAGCCUUCCUGGCUUGGGAAACAAAAAAUGUGAAAAUUCAAGCGCUUAAUGAUUCACACGAGAUUGGAUUCUGUAUAUACAACGUGGUCAUUCUGAGCGCUGUUGGCUUGACCUUGUCGUUGCUCUUGAAGGACAAGGAGAUCCUUAUGUAUGGAAUAACAUCGGGAUUUCUCAUAAUAGGAACGUUAUUGACACAAACGGUCAUAUUUGUUCCAAAGAUACUCGCAGUAAAGAACAAAGACACCGAUAAAGGUUCCACAGAUGCAGUCGCAAUUAGUACAGGAGUAAACCAUGCCUCCACUUACAAGACAACUUGAAAAACAAGAGGCACAUGAUCACCAGUGUUUUAGAGCUCAAGCAAGGAUAAAAAGAAACAUUUCUAACAAAUAACUUGGAAAAUAGGCCGAGAAGAUUUUUAUUUCAAAGAUUUACGUAGAGUUAUUAGGAAACCUAGACCCAAUCCCGGCAGCUAUGAUUUUAUGCUUUUUCUAAAAUCAAAACGUUUUGGAACUAUUGUUACAGUAGUAGAAACUAUUUCAAAAUCAAACCAAUGCUUUGAGAUGAGGUGGCACUUAAAGAUUUUAUAUUUUUAGCUUCGGUGGCCAUGUUUUUGACAAUAAAAAUAUUAUGAACACUCUUGGUAGAGGGUUAUCCAUGGAACAUUUCUGUGAAAUAAUUUCCAAAUGAGACAGGAACAACUUGCGGUCAAGUCUUUCACGAAUCAGAAUACUUGAAAAUCUAGUUCAACGGUUUCAAAAGAAACUAUUUCAAAAUUAGGGCAAUAAUUUCAGACAAGAUUUUAAAUUCUUAACUGUAUUCAUAUAAAGUGACUUUACCACGCCUCUCCAACCCCUUAGCGGCCAUGCUUUUGACGAAUCAAAUAAAGUUUGCGAGAUCGUGGGACUAGGUCACCAAAGGAACAUGUGCGUGAAAUAAUUUUAACCAAUGGGUUAGAAGGGUUCGUUGCUUGAAGAUUCAUUCUAUGUUUUAAAUGUCAUCGCACAAGCAUUAGCAAAU